AAUUUUCAUCCUGUUCAAUUGUAGCUAUUUUAAAUGAAAUCAAUACAAUUAAUUGCCAAAUGAGUAGUGAUACAAAUGCAUGGAAAUCUAAGAAAGUGAUGCAUGAUAUAUUAAAAAUAGCUCAGCAUAUACUUGUAAUAGAUGCCUUCAGAAAUGAAUUGACUCUGACCUUUCUUGAAGCUUAUCACAAUGAAAAUAUUCAAGGUAAACUUGAUUGUGUAGCUUAUACAAAUACAGUAGAAGUAGGUAUAUCUUUUGAAAAGACUGAUCACUAUGAUGCAGUUAUAGGUAUUACAAAUAUUAUAACUCCAGUUAAUGUUAAAGCCUUUAUUUAG